AUGCCAGAUUUGAAAAGCCAAGUUGCGGCGAAAUAUUUGGCCAAAAGGCAAAUUGCUGCCGCUAUGACGAAAUGCCAGAUUCGAAGCCAAAUUGCGGCGAAAUAUUUGGCCAAAAAGCAAAUUACUGCCGCUAUGACGAUUCGAAACCAAGUUGCGGCGAAAUAUUUGGCCAAAAGGCAAAUUGCUGCCGCUAUGACGAUUCGAAGCCAAAUCUCACAAUAA